AUGGACGCGGCCUGCGCGGUGAAGCACAGCAUGGUGGCCAGCCCCAUGGGGCAGAUCCGGAUCUCCGGGUGCGAGCAGGGUCUGCACGAGAUCAAGCUGCCGGCCGCUGGCCCCCCCGAAGCCCCCGCCCCUCCUGAGCUGCCCGGCCGGCCCGAGGAGACGGUGAAGCCCCUGACGGAGUGCGCGGCCUGGCUGCACGCCUACUUCCAGGAGCCCGCGGCCCUCCAGGAGCUGCCUGUGCCUGCGCUGCACCACCCUGUCUUCCUGCAAGACUCGUUCACCGGGCAGGUGCUGCGGAAGCUGCUGGAGGCCGUGAAGUUCGGAGAAGUGGUGUCUUACCAGCAGUUAGCGGCCCUGGCAGGCAACCCCAAGGCCGCGCGGGCGGUGGGCGGCGCGAUGAGAAGCAAUCCUGGUCUCUAA